CUUGCAUACACCACCACCACCACCAUCAUCAUCUUCAUCAUCAUCAUCCUCGUCCUCCUCGUCAUCGUGUUGUACUGCAUGGUGAGAGAGUGAGAGAGUUCCCUCUGCCAGGCGGGAGGAUGCGCUUCGGAUUCCGCACCUGAGAACAAGGAAGCGCCGGAGUGCAGGACGAGAGAGGAGUCUCAGUGUCUCAGUGCGGGUUUAAUGCGGCGGUGGGACUCACUGUGUUUUAUCUGAUACGCUGUUUGAUUUUAGUGGAGUCUCAGGGUAAACUGGGGGUGAAAUAUAGAGAGAUCUCUCUCUGCUCUGAGACGCUCCGCUGAACUGAUGCUUUCAUUCCUAUUGGGAUAUGUUGUUAGAGUUUAUUUUUAAACUGACUCGGUUUUAAUACUACUAUUACUACUAAUAAUAUUAUUAACUGUGUGAGCUGGACUGACAUGUUCACAUUGUCACACUGCUGUUGAGGGACAGACGCAGGGGAUGCUGAGGAUCUCUUUAUCAAACCCUGUCCUAUUUAUUUAAGCACUAGAGAUAAAAACCCCGCUGUCCGUCCCUCCCCGAGACAAAACUGUCCUCAGUCUCAUCGAGACGACACCUCGCACUCACGAGUGUCCUGGACAGAGCGAGUGGACAUGACGACUGACGGCCCGAGACACCGAGCGAGCGCGGCUUCAGGCGGCGGCGAUGAAGCGCCACAAGCCGGGCAGAAAGAAGGAGAAACCUCCGUCGCCCUGAAGAAGGAGAUCGGGCUCGUGAGCGCAUGCGGGAUUAUUGUGGGUAACAUCAUUGGCUCAGGGAUCUUCGUCAGCCCUAAAGGCGUGCUGGAGAAUGCCAGCUCCGUUGGUCUAGCGCUCAUUGUCUGGAUCAUUACGGGUGUCAUCACUGCCAUCGGAGCUCUCUGUUAUGCUGAGCUGGGGGUCACCAUCCCUAAGUCUGGUGGCGACUAUUCUUAUGUGAAGGACAUCUUCGGUGGACUAGCAGGGUUCCUUAGAUUAUGGAUAGCUGUUUUGGUGAUCUACCCCACCAACCAAGCAGUCAUCGCUCUAACCUUUUCCAACUAUGUUCUGCAACCGCUCUUCCCCACCUGCUUUCCACCAGAGAACGGCCUCCGCCUGCUCGCAGCCAUUUGUCUCUUGCUUCUGACUUGGGUGAACUGCUCGAGUGUGCGUUGGGCCACACGAGUACAGGAUGUGUUCACGGCUGGGAAACUGCUGGCCCUCAUCCUCAUCAUCAUCAUGGGCAUUGUGCAGAUCUGCAAGGGUGACUAUUAUUGGCUGGAGCCUGUCAAUGCCUUCGAGCCAUUUCAGGACUACGAUGUCGGUCUCAUAGCUCUAGCGUUUCUUCAAGGCUCUUUUGCUUACGGAGGCUGGAACUUCCUUAAUUAUGUGACUGAGGAACUGGUGGAUCCCUAUGUGAACCUGCCUCGUGCAAUCUUCAUCUCCAUCCCUCUGGUGACUUUUGUGUAUGUGUUUGCUAACAUUGCCUAUGUCACUGCAAUGAGCCCACAGGAGCUGCUGGCCUCCAAUGCUGUUGCUGUGACGUUUGGUGAGAAGCUGUUGGGAGUGAUGUCAUGGAUCAUGCCCAUCUCGGUGGCUCUGUCCACCUUUGGGGGGGUCAACGGCUCCCUCUUCACCUCCUCUCGGUUGUUCUUUGCCGGUGCGAGAGAGGGCCAUCUCCCCAGCCUGCUAGCUAUGAUCCAUGUGAAGCGCUGCACACCUAUCCCUGCUCUGCUCUUUACUUGUAUCUCGACCCUUCUGAUGCUGUGCACUAGUGACAUGUACACACUUAUCAACUACGUAGGCUUCAUUAACUACCUCUUCUAUGGUGUCACAGUCGCAGGGCAGAUUGUCCUGCGCAUCAAACAGCCUGACAUGCCACGACCAAUCAAAAUCAGCCUAGUGUGGCCAGUGAUCUAUCUGCUGUUCUGGGCCUUCCUGCUGGUCUUCUCUCUGUACUCUGAACCUGUGGUCUGUGGCAUCGGUCUGGCCAUUAUGCUCACUGGGGUCCCCGUCUAUUUUCUGGGGGUCUAUUGGGACAAAAAACCCCAGUGCUUCAACACAUUUGUGGAUAAGAUGACCUACCUGGGCCAGAAGUUCUGUGUGGUCGUUUAUCCAGCAGAGGAAGAGAAAUAUGAGGACGGCUGUGGAGGAGACGGGAUAGAGAUGAAGGAAGAGUCUGCUCCUCUGUCGGCAGAAGACAGCACGACACCAAAAGCAGCCGAUUGCUGAACACAAGAACGUAGACAUAUAUAUACAGUAUAAACACACAGUCUAAUGCAGGGUGCUCGACUGAUCCUAAUAUAAUGGGAGUGAACUCAUACAGCACACACUAGUACGCCUUUUCGAUUGCUGCAUCUGC